UCAUCAUUUAAAUAUGCGGACACCCACAGAAAACACGACUGAAUUUCGUAUUCCAGCUCCGGUUUUGCGUAUCAGAGCUCAGGGGUAAUCGAAUUAAAUAACGGGCUCUCGAGAAAAGAAUUUCAUAACAUUGCGACCAUAUUAAAGACAUUUUAACUAUUUUUUUUUUUUUACGAUACCGACCAGCAAGAAAGGGAAUACAAUCGAUUGUUCCAUCGUUGGGUCACUGUUUUACCUGAGCUGUUUUAGUAUUCAAAGCAAAUUAAGAAAACCCGUUGUGAUUUAUCAGUAAAACCCACCAUUCAGAUUGACCGUCUUCGGAAAUGGGACUGCUGUUCGCUAAACUGAUGACUGUGUUCGGAGAUAGAGAACAUAAAGUAAUUAUUGUCGGAUUGGACAAUGCCGGGAAGACCACCAUCCUUUACCAAUUUUUAACGAAAGAAGCAGUGCAGACCUCUCCCACAAUUGGCAGCAACGUGGAGGAAAUUGCAGUAAAGAAAACGCGCUUUCUCGUCUGGGACAUUGGCGGGCAGGAGAGUCUCAGAGCAAGCUGGAACUCGUAUUACUGUAACACAGAGAUUGUCAUACUGGUGGUUGAUAGCACUGAUCGAGAACGUUUGACUGUGACUAAAGAAGAACUUCAUCGCAUGCUUGCACACGAGGAUCUGCAGAAUGCAUCAGUGCUGGUUUUGGCGAAUAAGCAGGACAUGAAGAACAGUAUGACUGCUGCAGAGAUCUCCCAGAGUCUGACACUCAGCUCGCUCAACGCUCGUUCCUGGCAUGUCCAGGCCUGUUGUGCUCUCACUGGAGAGGGUUUACCAGCCAGUCUAGACUGGAUGCAUUCCCGUGUUGUGGCAAACUAACUCCAGCAGCCAAGUUUCUUUAACCUCUGGAACUGUUGAAAGAGCGACCUAGGUCUGCUUACACUGUUGUUCAGCUCUCUGUGCCUCGAUCUGGGAAUCAGCAAGCUCAGAUUAACCUUCAAAUUCUAAAACCUGGAGGAACACGCCUAAUCCACCAUCACCAAUUAUACUCUGGAUACCAGAUGAAGCCUGGAUUCUGUGUGUGUGUGUGUGUGUGUGUGUGUGUGUGUGUGUGUGUGUUGUGUGUGUGUGUGUGUGUGUGUGUGUGUGUGUGUGUGUGAGAGAGAGAGCUUGAAUGUGUAUGUGUGUGGACA